ACUAGCGGGUCACUAAAAUAAACAACGGAUCAAAAAAAAUAAUCAAGAGAAGAAGAAAUCUCAACAAAUUCUCUAAUUCAGUGUUCUUCUUAUAUACUCCAAAACCUCUGAGCCCCAAAUCAUCUUCAAAAAUCUAGGGUUUUCUCUCUGAUCCUAAUCGGAACCGAAACUAAUGAACUCUUCACCGCCGCCGGCGAAUUCCGCCAACGGCGAUACAACCAACAACGUCGUGAACGGUCAAGAUCUGAACUUAAACUUCUUGGACAAGAUUCGUCUCUCCGCGACACGAGAUGCGAAGGAAGACGAAGGAGAAGAUUUACCGACGGAGCUCAACACGAUCAAUAGCGCCGGCGGGUUUCUUGUGGUUUCUCCGGAUAAGCUUUCCGUGAAGUACACUAAUACGAAUCUACAUGGUCACGAUGUUGGUGUUGUUCAAGCUAAUAAACCUGCUCCGAUCAAGUGUCUUACUUACUACUUUGAGAUAUUUGUUAAAGAUUCUGGGAUUAAAGGUCAAAUUGCUAUUGGUUUUACUAAGGAAAGCUUCAAAAUGCGGAGACAACCUGGAUGGGAAGUGAACAGCUGUGGCUAUCAUGGGGAUGAUGGAUUCCUAUAUCGUGGACAGGGGAAAGGUGAACCUUUUGGUCCAAAGUAUACAAAAGAUGAUACAGUUGGCGGUGGUAUAAACUACGUUUCGCAAGAGUUCUUUUUCACUAAAAACGGAGCUAUUGUUGGGAAAAUCCCUAAGGACAUAAGAGGUCAUCUAUUCCCUACUGUAGCUGUACAUAGCCAAAAUGAGGAGGUAUCAGUCAAUUUUGGGAAGAAGAGAUUUGCUUUCGAUAUUAAGGGAUAUGAAGCAACAGAGAGGAAUAAGCAACAAAUGGCUAUCGAAAAAAUAUCCACACCUCCAAACAUUGGUUAUGGGCUUGUAAAGACCUACCUUCUACACUAUGGGUAUGAGGAGACACUCAAUGCUUUCAACCUUGCUACUCAAACUACAGUUCCUCCAAUUCAUAUAGAUCAAGAAAAUGCUAUUGAUGAGGAUGAUUCCUCAUAUGCUUUGAAACAGAGAAAGAAUUUUAGACAGCUUGUUAGGAAUGGUGAGAUUGAUACUGCUCUGGCGGAACUCCGAAAUUUGUAUCCCCAAAUUGUACAGGACGAUAAAUCUGUAGUUUGCUUCCUCCUUCACUGUCAAAAGUUUAUUGAAUUAGUACGGGUUGGAAAACUUGAAGAAGGUGUGAAGUAUGGCAGACUCGAGUUAGCUAAAUUUGUUGGGUUGACUGGAUUUCAAGAUAUAGUCGAGGACUGCUUUGCUUUACUCGCGUAUGAAAAGCCUGAGGAAUCAUCGGUCAGGUAUUUCCUAGAAGACUCGCAGAGGGAACUAGUGGCUGAUGCGGUGAAUGCAGCAAUACUAUCAACAAAUCCAAAUAAGAAAGAUGUGCAGAGAAGCUGUCACUUGCAAUCCCAUCUAGAGAAACUGCUAAGACAGUUAACCGUGUGCUGUUUGGAAAGGCGGUCACUGAGUGGAGACCAAGGUGAAACAUUCCGGCUUCACCAUUUUCUUAACAACAACAGAUAAAGAAGAUGAAUUUGGCUUAGGCGCGCAUAUAUUUUGAAAACUCUGUUUUUCUAUGGUUGUUAUCAUCAUAAGUGGCUUUUGUUCAUACCUGUGUGAUAUUAUGUUGAACUUUCCAUUCUGUAAAGAAGAAAGUUUUUAAAAAAAAAACGUUCGACGUUAAAACAAUGGGACUUGCAUUUUUGUGUUUCUUUAAAGUUUAGAUGAUUCUCAACA